AGUAAAAGUUGUUCAUGUAAAGUUGCUUAGGAAUUGCGAAGUAUCAUAUCUAUCCCAUUCCUACAUGCCUGUUUAUUUUAAACACGAAACCCUCAACCGACCAACAGACAUUCCCCCUUAACACUUCAAUCAUUCAAUUGACGUUUGAUUUUCUUUUUCAAUAAUGGCCGAGUCCAAGGAUGACUAUAACCCAUAUGAGCACCGGGAGGUGGUCCAUCCAAUAUCAAAUUUUGGUGCACUAACGAAUGUGAUCAAAGCAAUAAUUGGCACUGGUAUAUUGGUGGCACCGAUGGCCUUCCACAAUGCCGGUUGGCUAAACGCAUUGAUCAGUACUACGUUGAUUGGCAUAAUUGUGCUGUACUCAAAGCAAAUGUUGCUGUAUGGCAUGUACGAAAUUGCAAAACGUCGCCGAGUACCACUCUUAACAUAUGCUGAGGGUGUUGUGGAGGCCGUCGUUGAAGGUCCGCCGUGCAUGCGUCGCCUACAUGGCGUGUUGCGCUGCAUGGUGAACUCGCUGCUCUUCAUCUAUCAUUUCGGUUCCUGUUGUGUUUACGUUGUUUUCAUUGCAAACUGCAUUAAAGAUCUCGGCGACCACUAUUGGAGUGUUUGGGAUAGUCGCAUUUAUAUGUGUUGUGAAAUAUUGCCGCUAUGUUUGAUUUACUGUGUGCCGAAUUUGAAGUCAUUGGUUCCGUUUGCCAUGGUUGCGAAUUUUUCUUUAAGUAUUGGAUUUGGCAUUAUUUUCUAUUACAUGUUCACCAAUCUGCAACCUUUUGAGGAUUUGAAGGCAAUGCAGGACCUCAGGCUGUAUCCCUUGUUUAUUGGCUCCACAUUAUUUGCAUUCGAAGCACCCGGAUUAGUGGUCUCCAUUGAGGCGAACAUGAAGAAACCGCAAUCGUACGUCGGACUAACCGGUGUCUUGAGUGUGGGCAUCUUUUUCGUUGUGCUGCUACAGCUGGUCUUCGGUUUAUUCGGUUAUUGGCGUUACGGUGAAGCCAUAAAAUCGGCUAUACUACAGAGUCUGCCGUAUGAUGAGAUACUCAGCAACACUGCACGUGUUAUUUUCGCCUUCUCCAUGUACAUUUCCCAUCCACUGCAGGGUUAUGUGCCCAUCGAUGUUAUGUGGAAUAAUUGGCUGAAGGCUAAAGUGCCGGAGAGCAAGGCAUUCGUGCUGGAGUUGUUAUUUCGUCUGUGUUUGGCGAUUUUAUCUGUUCUCCUCGCUGUCGCUUGGCCUAACCUAACCUUAAUUCUUUCAUUUGUCGGCGCAUUCUGCUUAUCCUUCCUGGGUCUCAUAUUUCCUGCAAUCAUUGAUAUCUCGAUAAGAUAUGAAAAGGGCUAUGGUCCUUUGAAAAUCUACCUUUUACUUAGUGUUAUUGUAAUAUUAUUUGGCGUUGUUGGCGGCAUCACGGGCUCAUAUGUGCCCAUAGAACAAAUGAUCAAACUUUAUCUUAAUGGCACAAAUCUGACGGGCUAAGUUAUGCGGCUGUAACUGGAAGAGGAGAUAUAGAUGUUAAAGAAGGCGGUUUUAAGUAUCUCAUUAUUUAAUUUGUUAAAAAGUAUAUAAAUAAAGUAAUUUUUGCUUUAGGUUG